AUGUUUUGUUUGUCUGGUGCUUUGGUUUCCCUGUUGGCGCAUUUGUACCCCAGGAAGCCAAAAGGAUGUAUAACCAAACAGCAAACGGAAAGGAAAGCAAGAAAAGCAGCCAGGAAAAACAAGACAUCGAUAACUGGGUACAGGAAAAGAAUUAAGUUCAACCUAGCCAACGAAAUAGCUUGA